AGAGGAGAGGAGAGGGAUCGGGGCGUGCGGGCGGCGGCGGGAGCCGUGCGGGGCCCGGGCGGGCGGCGGCGGCUAUGAUGGGCGCGUGUUGGGGGCCGGCGGUGCGGGUGCUGGUGCUGCAGGCGGCGUGGGCGCUGGUCGGCGGUCAGGUGCGCUACUCGGUGCCGGAGGAAGCGAAGGUGGGGACGGUGGUGGGGCGUGUGGCGCAGGAGCUGGGCCUGGAGGCGGGCGAGGCGGAGGCGCGGCGGCUGCGGCUGGUGGCGCAGGGCCGGCGGGCGAGCGUGGAGGUGAGCGGGGCGAGCGGGGCGCUGGUGGUGAGCGGGCGGCUGGACCGGGAGGAGCUGUGCGGGAAGAGCGCGCCCUGCGCUCUGCGCCUGGAGGUGCUGCUCGAGCGGCCGCUGCGCGUCUUCCACGUGGAGCUGGAGGUCACCGACAUCAACGACAACGCCCCGCUCUUCCCCGCCGCCCGCAAAAACCUCAGCAUCGCGGAAUCGUCUCUGCCGGGGUCUCGUUUCCCGCUGGAGGGCGCGUCGGAUGCGGAUAUCGGAGCGAACGCGCAGCUCUCCUACACUCUCAGCCCCAGCGAGCACUUCUCUCUGGAUUUACGCCGGAGCGAAGAAUACAGAGAAUCCCUCUUCCUGGUGCUGACAAAACCUCUGGACCGUGAGACGGAGCCCGUGCACCGUUUGUUGCUGACGGCGAGUGACGGGGGCCGUCCGUCUCUGUCGGGCACGAUGGAGCUGGUGAUCUCGGUGCUGGACGCGAACGACAACGCGCCCCAGUUCAACCAAUCGGUGUAUAAAGUGCAGCUGCCGGAGAGCGCUGCAGAGGGGACACCGGUGGUGCGAUUAAACGCCACGGAUCCGGACGUGGGAAGCAAUAGUGAAAUAACGUUCACAACCAGCAAUAUUUUUCCUCCGGAAGGAUUGAAGCUUUUCAUACUAAAUGCGAAGACGGGGGAGAUUCAUCUCACGGACGGACUGGACUAUGAAGUCUCCCGUUCAUAUGAGAUAGAAAUCGAAGCGACAGACAAGGGGACGCCCCCACUGUCGGGCCACUGCAAGGUGGUGUUGGAGGUUUUGGACGAGAACGACAACGCGCCCGAGGUGCGGGUGACGUCGCUGUCGGUGCCGGUGCCGGAGGACGCGUCGGUGGGGACGGUGGUGGCGGUGCUGAGCGUGUGGGACCGUGACUCGGGGUCGAACGGUCGCGUGCGUUGCUCGGUGUGGCCGGCGAGUCCGUUCGGUCUGGUGUCGUCGGUGUCGGGGUCGUACUCGCUGGUGGUGCGUGAGGCGCUGGACCGGGAGCGCGUGUCGGAGUACGAGGUGGAGGUGCGUGCGGAGGACGGCGGGGCGCCGGCGCUGGUCGGGAGCAGGCGGGUGCGGGUGCCGGUGUCGGACGUGAACGACAACGCGCCGGCGUUCGCGCAGGCCGUGUACACGGUGCUGGCGCGGGAGAACAACGCGGCGGGGGCGGAGCUGGCGCGGGUGCAGGCGAAGGACCCGGACGAGGCGGGCAACGGUCGCGUUCGGUACUCGUUGUGGGAGGGCAGCGUCGGUGCCGCGGGGGCGGUCGGGGGAGUGGGUUCGGCUUCGAGCUACGUGUCGGUGGAGGCGGAGAGCGGUCGCGUGUGGGCGCUGCGUCCGCUGGACUACGAGGAGGUGCAGGUGCUGGAGUUCGAGGUGCGUGCGGUGGACGCGGGGGAGCCGUCGCUGUGCGGCAACGCGACGGUGCAGGUGUGGGUGUUGGACGAGAACGACAACGCGCCGUCGCUGCUGCCGGCCGCGGGCGUCGGGGCAGGCGCCGGGGCGUCGGGCCGGUCGUCGUCGGUCUGGGAGUCGGUGUCGGGAGAGUCGUCGGGUUCGCUGUGGGCGUGGGCGGCGUGGGGGACGCCGGCGGGGCAGGUGGUGGCCAAGAUCCGCGCGGUGGACGCGGACUCGGGCUACAACGCGUGGCUGCGCUACGAGGUGUGGGAGCCGCGGGGGAAGGGCCCGUUCCGCGUGGGGCUGUACAGCGGCGAGGUGAGCACGGCGCGGGCGCUGGAGGAGGCGGACGGCCCGCGGCAGAGGCUGGUGAUCGUGGUGCGGGACCACGGGGAGCCGGCGCGCUCGGCCACGGCCACGCUGAGCGUGUCGCUGGGGGAGGGCGGCGAGGCGGCGUCGGCGGCGUCGGGCGCGGGGUCGUCGGGGCCGGGGCUGCGGGCGUCGUCGGGCGCGGAGGGCGGCUCGUCGUCCUUGUCGUCGUUGUCGUCGUCGACGAACGCGUGGCUGGUGGCGGCCAUCUGCGCGGUGUCGGGGCUGUUGGUGGUGGCGGUGGUGCUGUGCGGAGCGUGGCGGUGGGCGCCGCGGGCGGGCGCGCUGUCGGGGCGCGGGCCGGCGACGCUGGUGUGCGCCAGCCAAGUGGGGAGCUGGUCGUACUCGCAGCGGCAGAGCCGGAGCCUGUGCGUGGCGGAGGGCGCGGGCAAGAGCGACCUGAUGGUGUUCAGCCCCAACUGCCCGCCGCCGCCCGCCGCCGCGGCCAAGGAGACGCAGCCGGAGCCGCCCGCGCUGCUGGACACGGUCAGUGCUGCUCCCUCUCUGGCCUCUCGCCCCGCCCCCCGACGGCCCCGGCCCCUUCUCUCCCUUGUUUCCGUUGUUUCCCCGGGUGUGGGCAGGCGCUUGUGGGAAGCAGGCUGAGCUCUCGGGGUCUGCUUGACAGCUUGUUCUCCCGUACAAUAAAAUCGCUGCUGUCAGGGAUGAGAGGUGCAACGCCAUUGGCCUUCGAGAUACUCUUGCUGGUGUGUAGCCUUUGCAGCCGAGCUUGCUUCAGGGGUGCAAGAUGUGUAGGCUGUGUUGGUGACUGUCCUCACAGCACUCUGCUUCGUUCUCACCAUCACUGAUUGCAGCCCGCACUGGCAGUCAAUGUGUUUUCUUUCUUCUUUAUCUACUUCUCCCAUGUUUGUUUUCCAAGUACAUUGUAGCUGUGUUUCGUCUUUUGAUGUGUUCAGGGAGAGGAGCAGAGCCAAGUUCUGUGUUUAAAACACUUCACCCUAGGAACCCAACACCAAAUGCUUCUGCAGAGUACAUGUCAUGGAUCACACUCUUUUCACCGCCAUUUGGUCAUUCUCUCACAGCAUGGAUUUGGUUCUGGUUCCCUUUAGAGUUUUCCUGACCUGUAUAAAUAAUAUUGCUCCCAGAUGCAUAACAUCUCCAUUGCAGAUUGUUGAAUGCAGAAGAGAAUAUGAAGAGAAUGUGGCAGUGGCACUGAGUAGGGCCAUGUCCUGAUGUGAAGGGUGAUUGUGAGCAGUGGAAAGACUUGUGCGUAGAAGCUGGAAAUCGUUGGGAAACCAUGAAGGUGCUGGGGGGUGGAAAAAGUAUGCAUGUACAGGCCAAAAUGUGCACAGCACCUCAGUUCUGUUUUUCUCUGGUAUGAAUUCUCCCACCCAGCUGAUAUGAUGAGUGCUUCUAUGCAUCAGCAUUUACUGAGGUACACUCUAAGAAUUAAAUCUGUGUGGACUGGUCUAAGAGCUGUCACAGCUCCAAUCAGAGGCUCUGUGAAAACUAUCAUAUAAUGUGUACCUCUGUAGAGUUUCCACCUGACGUGACUGAAUAGGUCUGAGGUAUUGUGGUUGAAGUUCAGGCAUCUGGGAAGAGUCUGCCAAACACUGUGUGGGUUUGCAUCCAUGCAGAUGUUCUUUGUGCUGAUCCCAAGGGAAGGAGAGGAUGUACGAUGACCUGGGUCAUGGUCAGCAUGUUGUUUUGAUCUGGGGAAUAUUGCAGUUGUGCAGCAAUGUCCAGGUGUUGUGACAGUGCUGCUGCUCGUGGCAUUGAUCAGGGCCUGUUCCUGUGUCAUGGGGAUGGUGACUUGCAGAGGAGAAAAGGUUUGCCUGACGGAAAUAAUGAUACUGGUUGGAACGUGGUCUGUGUCAUUGAGGAAGAAAUGGAGAAUAACUGCUAAGGUUUAGAUCUCAUUUCCUGUAGUGUGUCUGUCCUGGUUUUGCUCCAGGUAGCAAGUAGGUACUACAAGGCCACUUGCUCACUCUUGCCCUUCCCCUUGCCUGCUGGAAUGUGGAGGAGAACGGUAAAGAGAGAAGUAUAACUCAUGGGUUGGGAUAAAGACAGAUUAACACAACAGCAAAAGAAGAGAUAACUAAUAACAUACAUAAUGACAGAAGAAUAUACAAACUCAAUACUGCACAGUGCAAGCGUAUUGUAUGUGGGUAGCUCUUCAGCCUUCUGUCGUUGUGUAGUGAGUGGGCAUCUCUAGUAGCUUCCAGAGCCAUUGAAGUUUCCGUGAUGGUUCUGUGCUUUUCCUCAGGUUGCAUUUGUAUGUGGAUGCGAUGAGGAGAAGGAUCUAAUCUGUUUGUGCUUGAUGUCCCCUGCUCUGGAUAUUCUGUGGUAUGAAUUCUCCCACCAAGUUGCUACCCUGAGUGCCCUUGUGCUUCAUCUUUUGCCGCUGUUCUCUUGUGAAAUACAAUCCACGUGUCCUGAGAUCAGAGGUGUCACAGCUCUACCGAGAGGAUCUGUAAGAUCUCUACCAUGCUUCCUUGUGGUGUUUGGAACUGGGAUGGCUGUAAAGGCAGAAAACAUUCAGGGUGAAGUUCAGGGAAGAGUCUGCCAGACACUGUGUAUCUUUACAUCCCUCCAGAUGUUCUUUGUGCCAUUGAUGAGGGAAGGUAAGAGUACGUGAAGGCUUGAGUCAUGGACAGAGUGGGUUUUGUUGUUGGGGCAUGUUCUUGUGGUGGAACAAUGACUGGAUAUUAUUGCAGAUAUCCUCUGCAUGGUCUGGAUUAGGGCCUUUGUUACAUGGAGAAUGAUGUUUUGCACGAUGUGUCUUCCCUGAGGAAAUGGAGAUGUUGUGCAGAACAUGGCCUCUGUAAUUGGUGAAGAACUGGAGAAUAUCUAUUUAGCUGAAUAUAUCAAUUCCCAGGGCUUGUGAUAGAUGUGUCCAGUAGGAAACCUUGAGAAGAAGGGGAAGAUGCCUAGUGCAGAGAGUUGUUUGCCUGGGGUCUUCUCAGGAUCACUGGAAGUUCUGCAUACGUUAAAGAGCUGUUUUCCUUUGUGGCGUUACCACUUGUGAAGACAUCAACAGUGCAUGCCUUUAAACACUUGGUUUUGAGGUGGAAUGAUGUCACUCAUAAAGAAACCUUUAAGAAGUUUGUCAGUGCUCGGUGAUUGCUCCCUUUCUGGACUUUUGCCCUCCACCCCAAAUAUCUUGGCUUCCUUCUGGCCCCUGGGUCCAUUGUUUCCCACGGUCUGGGCAUGUGCUUUUGGGAACCGGGGUGAGUCCACAAAGACU